UCUCCCGAUGCUGCUCCGGGGGGCACAUGGAGGGGGGCUCUCCAGCUGAGAUGUGGCAGGCCCCGCUGCCCCCCGUGCACCCUGGCCAAGGCCCCGCUCCACCGGAGCACCCCGAGGCCACCCGGAGCCCCCACGCCAUCCUGGAGAGCAAGGUGAAGGCGCUGAAGGAGAAGCGGGGGGCCAGCCAGCCGGGGACCCCCACGGCUGCCCCUGAGCGCCAUUCGCCCAAGAAGCCCCGUCCGCGGCGAGGGAAGACGGGGUCGGAUGUGGCAACGGUGGAGCCGCGGGCUCAGCUCCGGACGUACCUGACGGAUGGGCUGCUGGAUAGUGGGGACACUGCAGCUGGUGGCCCCCCGGCCCCCCGCGCCAGCACCCCGGGGCUCUGGCGGGUGCCAGCACCCAGGGCAGAUAUGCUGGGAGGUGCCGAGCUCUCCCGAAACAAUGAGGGCAACAGGUCCCGAGGUUCUGCCUUCUCCUGUGAAAGAUCCCCUAUGGAAGAUGAGGCGUGGGACCAGGGUGGUCCCUCUGGAUCUCCCAGCGUGGCAGAGGGCUGGGAGAGGCUCUCGCUGGCUGAGCGGGUGGAGAGGAACCGGCAGCUGCUGCAGGAGGUGCUGGGCCUCGCCGUGCCUGAGGUGCCAGCAAGUGAUGGGGACUGGGACUCGGGGGUCUCACUGCAGGACGCUGAGAGCUGUAGGGCCUUGGUCCCCGGGCAGGAGCUCCAGCUGAGCCCACGCCACGAGCAGGCCAAGCAGCUGCUGCAACGCGCCCGCAUGAAGGCUCGGACCAACCCCCUGCGCGCCAGCCACGACAUCCUCCUCCUGCCCACCGCCCUCCCACCACCCAGGGAGCCCAGCGGGAGGCCGAGCAUCUCCCCGCGGGACGGCGGGAGCCUGAGCGACUCGUCGAGCGGGGAAUCGAGCUGCGGGCGGCCCCGGAGGCCCCGCGGACCUUCCCCGUCCCGCGUCCGCUUCGAGGACGAGUCGGCCCGGGACGCCGAGGUGCGGUACCUGGAGCGGCUGCAGCUGCGGCACCGGCGGGCGCUGGGCUCGGCGCUCCCCUGGCCCGAGCCGGCCGUCGGGGGGCGGCCGGGGGUGGGGGCUGGCCAGCCAAAGGGCCGGAGUGGCAACCCGGUGGCCGGGGGCAAGUGCAGCGCCUGCGGCUCCUUCCUCGGAGCCGCUGUCAGCCGGGGCACGGACACACCCGCAGGCACCGAUGUGGCCGAAAGCAGCCCCGUGGCACCACCGGGAAGCAUCCCAGGGGAUACCGGGGGGUUGAGCGCAGCCCGGCCGGAGCUCAAACCCAGGGCUCUGGGGCCCCGGGGGUCCCCGUUGUGGAUCCUCCCCUCCCGGCAGCGCAUCCACACCGAGAAGAUCAAGGAGACGUACAUCGGGGAUGUAACCUACAUCGACGAGGUGGACUCGGCCCUGGAGAGCACCGACACCUCGGACGGCUGCCGGACGGACAGCGAGGAGGCGGGACCCCGCAGCACCCACCCCCGGGAGCACCGGGACCCCCGGGCUCGCGGGCACAGGGCCUCCCGUGCUGCCCCACCGCUGGAGGCCAGGGCUGGCAAGGAGACGUGCGUGGCAACUGGUGGCCCCCGUGCAGGGGGUGGGGGCUCGUGUGGUGCCCCAAGCAGGACGGGGGCUGUUUGCCCCUUGCCACCGGGGAGAGCUGGUAGCCAGGAGGACAGGGACCACCCCCCUCAGCAGCCAGGGGGCAGGGAGGUUGUGGCAAACACCGCUCAUCCCCUGGAGCAGCCAGGAGCCAGCACUCCCAUGCGGGGCACCCACCUCCCCACUCCCCCCCCCACCAAGAAGGCCUGUUCCCAGGUGCCUUGCAGGAAAACCCUCUUUGGUGGCAGCCGCCGGGCUUUGAGCCAAGGAUCCCGGGGCCUGGAGCCCAAGGAUGGGAGCUCUGUACUGCCCCAGCCUGGGGGCGAGGCAGGGCCAGGGGAGCAGCGGGGUCCCUGCAGCCCCAGGUGGCUCCCAGGGAGCCCCCUCCGUGCCUUGUCCACCAACAACUGCAAUAACACCCGUGGGCAGGAAGACACCCUGGGGACAGGCAAAGGGGCACCAUCGCAGCCCAUUGUCCCCACACUCCAGGAGGCUGCUCGUCCCCCUGGGGAGGCUGCUGGGACACCUGGAGCACAGCAGCCACAGCAUUUGGCUGGGAGCAUGGCACAGGGGCACGUGGUGGAUGACCAUCCUCCCUCAGAACCCAGGGAGCCAGGGCGGCCAGCGAGCCGCAAGGGCAGCAGCGCUUCGGUGACGGGGCUGAAGAAGCUCCUGUGCAGCCUGAGCCAGAGCACCAAGCAGCGCCUGGGCCGCUUCCGCUGCUACAGCAUGGAGCAGCUCCCAGCCCCUGGCAGCCCCUCCCCGGGUGGCCCCACCAUGAAGAAGUCACCCUCCCUGCAGUCCCUGCAGCUGGUGUCACCCUUCUGCCAGCCCCAAAAAGCUGCCUCCAUCCAGAGCCUGCACCCUCUCCUGGGCAAGGCACCCCGUGCCAGUGCCUACCUCCUGCCCCAGACCCCUGCUGACAGGAAGGGGAGCUCGGGGCCUCGGCGGUCACUCAGUGUGGAGGACAUCGGGGUGCCUGGCCAGCUGCACACAGUGGGGCGUGUGGUGGAGGUCUUCCCUGAUGGCACCAGCCAGCUGGAGCUGCAGCGACCUCCCCAUGGUGCCUUUGGGUUUUGUGUCACCUCCGGGCAUGGCCGGCCUGACACAGGUGUCUAUGUGCAGGAGAUGGUGGAUGCUGGCACGGCCAAGCUGUACGCGGGGCUCCUGGGCGUGGGGGACGAGAUCCUGCAGGUCAACGGGGCGGCUGUCUCGGGGCUGGGGCUGGACCGCAUCCGUGAGCUGCUGCUCCAGGCAGACACCCUGUCCCUCCGCGUGCUCAGGCACCGUCCAGCACCCCGGUAACCCUGGCACAGCUCCCAGGAAGCCUGGUGGGAGGAGGACAAUGUCCCACUGACAUUCCCGGGAUGCUGCCGAGUGGACCAAGCUGCCUCACAGGAGCAGGACCUGCCCUGCUCCGCUGCAAUCCUUGGCUGCACCGGGGGGCAGGUGGGUCUCCCAGCCCCUCAGGAAGCAGAGCAGGACCAAGGACCCUCCCAGUGCCUAGUGUCUCCAGGUGCUGCCUCAAGUGUG